AUGGCAAAUUCAUUGCUUACGCUGGCUGAGAUUCCCGUUCUCUCCCAGCUCUAUCGGAGCGGCUUGCUCUCCAAGCCAGCCCCACUACGUACCGAGGACUCGACCCAAUCCGACAAUGGAAGUGGCGCCACUAAACUCACCCCGAGACAACCCGUGCAAUCCCUGAAUAACAUGGUAUCCUACUUGCAGGCUGAUAUCACCAAGCUCAAAGUUGAUGGCAUCGUGAACGCUGCAAAUCGUGCCUUGGAAGGUGGCAGUGGAGUCAACGGCGUGAUCCAACGUGUUGCUGGGCCUCAGUUACUACAGGAUUGCCUGAAACUCGGUGGCUGUGAGACUGGCGAUGCGAAAUGUACCCUUGCUUAUGAUCUACCUUGUGAACGUGUGAUCCACACCGUCGGCCCGGUGUAUGGGAUGGAGUACAGGAUGGAUCCACGACGCCCCGAAGCCCUUCUGCGAUCUUGCUAUCGUCGCUGCCUUGAGGUGGCUGUCGAUCGGGGAGUGAGAAGCAUCGCUUUCUCGUGUAUCAGUACUGGUAUCUAUGGGUACCCCAAUAGAGAGGCUGCGAUCGCGGCCGCGGAUGAAGUCCGCAAUUUCCUUGAGACUUCUCAAGAUGCACCCAAGAUUGAUCGUGUUAUUUUCUGCCUUUUCCAAGAUGUGGAUGUGAGAAUUUAUAAGCAGGUCCUUCCUCUUGUCUUCCCUCCUACAGAUGAUGACCUUAAGGAGUUGAAUGAUGAUGCUUGA